CGGGAAACACAUCUUUUUAGCGAAACAUGGAUCUUCUUGUGGAUGCAGAUGCGACGGUGCAGGUACAGUGUGGGAGCAGUGUCAUCGCCAGCACCACCACCAACAGCAAUGGAGCAUUUGCGAUGCUACUGAGUGAACAAACCUCAACUGUGUCCGACCUUUUGAGUAGCUGCAAGCUAGUCAUCCCCACCCCUGUCUCCACCUGCGACGCGUCGCUCCGGGCCACCGGGAAGCUGCAGUCGCCCCUCCAACUUCUCUCAGGUACUGGUCUCGACGGACUUCUUGGGAACAAAAGCUUGCUCGGUGACAUUUUCGGUAAAGGCGGAUUGCUCGGUGGAAUUCUGGGAGGUGAUGGCCUUCUUGGUGGAAUUCUUGGCCCGUCCAAGUACACCGUCGCUGGGAACUGAGAAAGAAGACAGCGUUAUAUGAUCCGUCAAACGAACUUCAAAUACGUCCAUCUGCAUGCCUAUGUAUCCUCGGACUCCACUACAAACGAUAUGUUCCCUUAGCGAGCUUGAUGCUGGGAACACUAUGACCUUAUGUACCUUCUCAUAUGAGACUAUGAAUAAAAGGUAAAGCUUCUAUAUGCAAUUUACUACCAAA